GAUUCUUCAGAUUCUUGAGCUGAAAUAAAAACCUUUUGAUGAUAAACUUGACCUCAGGAUCAGCAGCAGAGGUCAUGAGUUUGCACUUUUGUGUUUAGAUAGUGGAUCUACGUCCAUUAUGAUGAUGGCUAGAAAAGUAUCUGUACAUGACACACAAAAACUGGUGGAGCAAUACCGCUCGGAACGUGAUGAGGCCAUUCAGCGCGAGAAUGCCCUCAAGGAGAAACUGAGACAAUACGAAUCGAGGAUAAAGUCGACCGAGACUGUCAAACAGAAACUCAAAACCCUGACGUUGGAGAACAAAGAGCUCAGGAGGCAGGUGAAAACGCUACGGACCGAGAUCGGCCUGGAGUCAAGCCCAAAUUUUCAAGGCAAAACCACUAAGGACAUCAUCAGCGACCUGCAGGAGAAAGAGAGAGAGUGCAACGCGCUGGUAGAAAAGGCCGGAAGGUUGAACCUGACCAUCGACGAGCUGUCAUCCGAGCUGGCCAACGCGGUCACCUCCAAAACUCUGCUGGAGGAAAAAGUCCAGUCGCUUCAGCUCAACCUCAGGGACAUGACCAACAACCAGCGCCGCCUGCUGAAGCUGUGGGAGGAUAAAAAAGCUCAGCGUGAGCCGAUCCUGCUGCCCGCCAUCACUCCAAGAACCGCCCAGAAACCGCUAGCCCAUAAAGCUGUCCAGACCGACACGUCCAUCAGCUCCACGCAAAUCCUCCCCGCAAACGUCUUCGAAACCAGACUGAGAUGGGAACCUGAGAAAACCAGGAACCCAGAGAGAAGAAACAUCACGUUACCCAACGGCAGCCAUUCGAAAUGAGACAAUCAUACAUCACUCACAUUAAUGACAACUGGGAUUAAAUGAGGCCUGUUGGCCCAAAUGCAAAGGAAAUACACACCUACAUUUCUAUAAGGAUAUAUUUCUAAAGAAAAAUAUCUGUACAUCUAUUUUUCUCCUAUAUGGAAGGCUUUACUUAGGCUGGAUUUUAAAUUUAAAUUUAUUUAUUAGAAUCAACGACAUUUUGGUCGUGGUCAUUUUGUUAUUUUUACUCAUAAAUUAUCUGUAAAAUUACAUAUGAUGUGAAGACGGUAUUUUUUUGUUUGUUUGUUUGUUUGUUUUUGCUUGUUUCUUAAGCCGAAAAAUAAAUAAUCAUCAACUCA